AGAAAGUAUAACAACAAGAUUUGGAGGACGGAUGGUGGAGAGCGAGAUCCGCACAGAGCAUUUAUCGAGUACGUUGGCCAUCGUCCGAAUCGUCCGAAGGUGAUAACGUUCCUAAAAACUUCAACCUGAGUCCAGUUGACAGCCCAAAAUCCAAUGCCUGGUACAAGAUGAUUCCAAUUGUAAGAAAUACAUUGGCAAAGCAAAUGCAGAAUAUUGCGUCCAUUGCCUCCCUGGACGGCAAAUUCUCAAAUUCGAGUGGUCGCAAAACAGUCAUCCAAGCGCUCCGUUAUGAUUUCGACCCACUGGAGAUCUCAAAGCUAACUGGCCACGCCAAUCCGGAAUCCAUAUCCAGCUACAGCCAUAAUCUUCUGGAAAAACAGCGGCAA